CGGUUGCUCUAGUAAACAAAUAAGGUGAGACCGAAAAAGGCUGACGAAAAAUAACCCGGAACGAAAAUGGAAAAGGCUUCACCAGAAAUUGCUUGAAAUUAUCGUCAAUCUUCCGAACCCUAACCGUCUGCAAUAAACCAAAGCUUCUGAUCAUAUUUCUCAUCUGUCAAUGGCGUCUUCGUCAGUAACGAACUAGUGUAUCGCCAGCUAUUGGAUCAUAUGAAGUGCUUAGUUUUUUCUGGAAGAAGUAACUCAAAUGUAUUAUCCGCCCAUGUUCUUUGUGAUUACGGACUUUUCCAGGUGAAUUGGGAGAGACAUAUUCCUGUGUCUGGUUGCCUGAAGUGUGAUUUGGAGGAAAACGUAUAUAAUGGCUAUAUAUGCCAUAGCAACUACGCAUCAUCAACUACUGUAUCUGCUCUUAAGCAAAAGCUUGUUUCUGAGUGGCCUCAAGGUAAAUCUGUAGUACCCAAGACAGUGAAUGACAUAAAGCUUAUUCAUUUGGGAAAAGUUUUGGAGAACAAUAAGACACUAUCAGAAUCUGGAGUCCGUGAUGGUGCCUUUGCAGGAGGAGUAAUCACAAUGCAUGUUGUCAUUCAGCCUGUCCUCAAUAAAAAAAAGUCAGCCAAAAAACAAGAUGAGACUGGAAAACUGAAUUCAUGUGGAUGCACAAUCUUGUAGACAUCUGUAAGAUGAAUUGGUGUCUGAAAUGCCUUAUAAUGUUGCAAUUGUUGUAUUUCGUUUUUCUAUUUCUUGUAUAUUGAAAUCCUUUCAAACAGGCAUGUGUGUGUGUGUGUGUGUGUGUGUGUGAGAGAGAGAGAGAGAGAGAGAGAGAGAGAGAGAGAGAGAGAGAGAGAUUUGUUUUUGAGGAG